GAAGCGAAUUCUCGCGCGCAUGUGUCUUUUUCAAGUGUGCCGAAUUUUGUGCCACCUGCGUUUCUCACGUUCUUAUUUCUAGCUUCAGUUGGGUCGAGUCACGUGUCACUUGCGGUUUCCCGCGUCUGGACGCGUGCGUGUGACGCGAUAAUCAGCUGAUCCGGCUCACCCGUCAAAAAUCUUUCGAAAACGUUUCGAAUUUAAAUUUAAAUAACUUCAGGAUGACGAACAGAAGUUGCUAAUGACGACCACUUUCCCUCACACCGUCUGGAAUAACAAUCUCCAUUUUGCGCUCUGCAUUGUGUCUCUGGUAUUAUUGUAAUACGAUAUACGCGAUAAGGGAAGGAAAUGGCGAGUAACGGCGUCGAGGUGGAAUCGCUGCGAGAAACGACACGGGACGUGGAGCAGAAAAUGAACGGAAAGGCGAACGAGGAGCACGAGGAACGUCAGUAUUUGCGGCUUAUCGAGAAGGUUAUUCAGACUGGAACAAAGAGGAGUAAUCGCACCGGCGUCGACACCUAUUCCAUCUUCGGCACGCAAAUGCGAUUCAGUUUACGAGACGAUGUUUUUCCACUACUGACAACUAAACGGGUGUUCUGGCGAGCGGUGGUCGAGGAACUGCUGUGGUUCAUCAAAGGAUCGACAAAUUCCAAGGAGCUAACGGCUAAAGGUGUUCAUAUUUGGGACGAAAAUGGCUCGCGAGCUUUCCUGGACUCCUACGGCUUCACCGAUAGAGAGGAGGGCGAUUUGGGACCUGUCUACGGUUUCCAGUGGCGGCACUUUGGGGCUGAAUACAAAGACAUGCACACAGAUUACACUGGGCAAGGAGUAGACCAGUUGAAGGAAGUUAUCCACAAGGUAAAGCAUUCUCCGGAGGACAGACGUAUUAUAAUGUCCGCUUGGAAUCCGGCCGACAUUCCGAAGAUGGCAUUGCCGCCGUGCCACGCUUUCGUACAGUUCUACGUAAAUAACGGCGAAUUGUCCGCGCAGCUUUACCAGAGAAGCGCGGACAUGGGUCUGGGGGUGCCGUUUAACAUAGCGUCGUACUCCCUGCUCACCUACAUGAUCGCUCAUGUCACCGGAUUGAAGCCAGGAGAAUUUGUACAUACAAUGGGAGACUGCCACGUCUACGUCAACCAUAUAAGCGCCCUCGAGGAACAGGUGAAACGCGAACCGCGCAAGUUUCCAAAAUUAAAGAUAGUCAGAGAGGUCAAAGAUAUCGACGAUUUCAUUGCCGAGGAUUUCGAAUUGAUAGAUUACAAGCCGUACUCCAAACUCUACAUGAAGAUGGCUGUCUGAGCUACCUCGCUUUCGUAUAAGCUUAAGUCCUCUGGAAGGAUCUAUGUUAAAAUUUUACAUUUCGCUCUCAGUAACAUUCGUGGUAAUUAAUGAAGGCGACACUGAUUUUCCUGUUUAACGUACUUAACUAAUAAACCAACGUGCUAAUCUUUC